AGGGUCAGAGACUACAGACAUAGCACAGGAGAUGGUCAGAGACUGCAGGCAUAGUACAGGAGAUGGUCAGAGACUGCAGGCGUAGUACAGGAGAUGGUCAGAGACUGCAGGAGUAGUACAGGAGAGGGUCAGAGACUGCAGGCGUACUACAAGACUGUGUCAGAGACUGAAGUCAUUGUACAGGAGUGGGUCAGAGACUGCAGGCGUAGUACAGGAGAUGGUCAGAGACUGCAGACAUGCUACAGGAGAAGGUCAGAGAAUGCAGGCCUAGUACUGGACAUGGUAAGAGACUGC